AUGGCUGAACCCGAGCCCUGGCGGAAGAUAGGACGAAAAGCUGGUGAGGAACACUGGCUUGGGUUGACACCCAGCGCUGUUGUAGAGGUGAGCCUCUAUGACGAUGCGGGGCGACAGCAGGGCCGAGGUGUUGUGAAAUUGCAGCACCGCGCCAUAGAGGAUGAGGCUGGCAAAGGUCAAACCUGGCGAGGAUUCUUUCUGGCCAUUGAAGACGGAUAUUACGAGUGGUGGGUACAAAAUCAUUACCCCACGAAGGUGCUGCCAUUCCACUUCUGUCAGGUGGCGGCCCAUCGGUGUGGGGAGCAAACGCUGUACCGGGACCCCAUCCACGUUGACGUCUUCAGAGUCUUGCCGGAUGAUACAUACGUGAGGCUGCCGUGGAUGACCGAUGAAAAGAAUGAGAAGGCCAAAAGCUUGUUGGCACUCCACGCCACGCAGGCGCCUGCGGUCCCAGCCCUCGCCUCUCCAGCUGUGGGGGGUGGGGAUGGUGGCCGUGGGAGCCGAGCUGAUGGUGAAGUGGAGGUGGGUGAAGCUGGCAUUGCAGGGCUGGCUCGAGCACUUGGAACUGCAGGAGAUCGUGGCGACAAGAGAGAGAGGCAGAUCGACGAUGAUAAGGAGGAAAAGAAGAAAAGGAAGGAGAAGAAGGCACCAGUGGAUGCCCGAGAGGAAGGCCUUCGAGCCGUUCUGAAUAAGCGGAAGGCACCGCUACCUACCGGGGGUGCGCUCAAGCUGAAAGGAGACGACCUGAAGAAGAAGAAGAAAAAGAAGCGGAAAAGAGAUUCAGAGAAAAAGCGGAAGUCCAAAAAGGAGGAAGCUAGCAAGGGGUCCUCCGAGGAAAGUGACUCAGGGGACGACGAGACCUCCUCAUCGAGUUCAGGGUCGCUUUUUCAGUUGGCCGCCCUGCCACAGGGAGUAGACCGAUUGCACCGGUUGCAUCAGGAGAAGCCAGGGGCUCUGGCGGACCUAACGCUCCGGCGCUUUCAGGAGCUCCUGAACCGCUCAAUAGGCGGGGGAACGGCCGAGACAGAGCAGGAGAUGCCGCCGGUAGCGCGCGCAUACCUCAGCCAGAUCUACAUGGUGCGCCAUCCAGAAGCAGCGAUUGGCCUGCGGAAUCUGAGAGAGCUGCGUACGUUGGCGACGCUGGUGGAUCUCAUGGCCAUGAACGACUCUCUCCGUGCACUCGACGGCCAAUGGAGUCAAGCAAACUUGCUGGAGCUCAUUGUGCCGGAGGAGGAGCAACGAGCCUGGUUCCGACAGGAGUUGAAGGCAGCCCAGCAAGAGCACAAGAGCGACCUGAGGCUGCAGAGGGACCAAUGGCCGAAAAGGAGGGCCGCCUGGUAUCCCUCCCCCGGAGGGGGGGGGAACAUGGACAAGAAGGAAGCGGAAGGAAAAGACGGAGGACCACCCGAAAACGGAGGAGAAUACCCAGCGAUGGAAAGGGCCCUAAAUGAAUGUGAAGUGUCUGAAGAAACACGAGAGAAGGUCAGAAGCCUCAUGCAGGAUCCGGAGGUGGUGGCGCUCUAUCGACUCAGGAGGUUUGCGUUGGGCAAGAGCCCAAACUGGAAGAUGAUAGAGCAGGAUUUCUUUGAGAUGAUUGCCAAUGUCGCUGGAGACCCACCUGCACUGGUAAAGAAGCAGUUGCGGCUCAGCUGUCAAUUCCUAGGAGAGGAAUUGAUACCAUCCGCAUCGGAAGUGGCCUGCCGGCUCUUGGGGGUCGACCAAUCUCAGGCCGGGGUUGAUCCUCGGUCUGGGGAAGGUCGGCUCCUAAAGUUGGUGAAUGGCAUUGAAGUGCGAGCUGCUGACAUUGAGUGGAAGAGAGAGGACCUGAGAGCUGCCGACUGGUUGAUUCAGGAAUUUGGGCUGAUUCCAAAAGAGCACGUGACGCCGGUCUCAUGGAGGCAGAUGAUGCGGCGAGGGCUGGGGCUCAGCUUGUCGGUGAGUCUUGUGGGGGUGGUCUUAAAAGUCGGCAUUCAAGACCGCCCUGGAGAGUUGGGCAACUUAGCGCGUGCCCUUCCUUGCUGCGCUCUGGAGAACUUUCACCGACUGGCAAAGGAGCUACUCCCAUUGCCAAUGCCCAUCAUGACCGACGAAGAACUGGCUUUUGAGGCAGCGGUGAAGGAGGUCCUCUGUGGCCGCUUGGAUGUGACCAGUGAGAGUUGGAGGAAGCUGAACAGUGAGGCAAAGGAAAUCGGUGUGAAGGCAUGGACCUGGCUGCAGUGCUUCGUGAUCAACCACCUAUACUGCCACGGAGCAGGUGGUCGCAUGCUGUCUGAGUGCAUGCUUCAUGCGAAGGAACCUACUGCGAGCCAGGAAAGAUCCAUCAAGCGACUUGACAGCUUAAGCAAGAAAUGGAUUGAAGAAGAUAAGGAGGAUGCGAUCAGGGCAGACACCUGGGAGAAGUCGUCUGAGACAUUGGGGGACAUGUACACAGGACCCAACGUAGGGAAAUCCUAUCCUCUGACAUUGGAGGCAAUACUCCCCACAACACCAGGUGCGAGUGAAGCGGCGAGGAUCCCAUUGUCAGAAGUGGUGAGCGACUCGGUCAAGGAAUAUGUGGAUGACCCUUCGCUGCUGCGUAUCCCGGACGAGGAGCUCAUUGGGCCACGCACCUCAGCGUUGGUGCAAGUCACCAGCCAGGAGGAGUGGGACAAGAUCGUGAGCCACCUGGUAGAUGCAGGCAUGCUUGAGAGGGAAGUUGAGGCAGAGACCGGCAGAGAGGAUGGAGAAUGGCUCCGCACGUUGAGAUUGAUCAUCAACAUGAUCCCCGGCAACUCGUUCCAGAGACGCAUGCCAGUGAGAGCUUCGGAGAAGAUGGGUUAUGCCCCGCUGUGGGGGAACCUCUACUUGCAUGAGGACGAAAUCAUCAUAUGUGCCGCUGAGGACCAGAAACACUGCUUUCAUAUCUACCGGCCAGGAUAUGCAUGGCGAGCCUUCUUCAGUUUGAGUAGGAUGGCUUCAGGACAGGCCUUCAAAGAUGGAAAGGUGGAGAAAGGUUACCCUCGAGUGAAGAGUGCACCCAUGGGGUGGAACAAUGUGGUGGACUUUAUCCAGGACGGCUUUGAGAACAUGGCCAAGAUGGCAGGUUUGGCGCCUAAUCAAGUUAUUCGAAUGGGCGAGCCGAGCCCGUUGGAACCUUUGGCAACUCCCAGAUCAUUCUUUUCGUUCUAUGUGGACAACUUUGACCAGCUGAAGAUCAUCUGGAGGACCGACCGGGGGCUGUACGAAGGCCAGCCGACCGAUGAACAACUCCAAUUGCGAGAGACCAUGGAGGAAUUGACUGUAGGGAGAGACCCCAAGAAAGCAGCUGAGGGAUCAAUCAGCUGGACCAGUUUGGGAGCCGAAGUGGCUGGAGAGGAAGGAUGGAUUGGCAGCUCGCGGAGCUUCCGCCGGGCACUUCUGAGUGCUAACCUUGGGCUGUUGGUGGGGGAUGAGGUCCGUACUGAUUCCCCCAAUCUGCAGUCUGUGGUUUCAAAGAACAUGCACUCGGUGCAAUACAACCGGCAGCUGGCAGUGUUGUUUGACAGGCUGUACGUGGAAAUGAAUGCCAGCAGGCCACGACUCUUGAGUGAGAAAGGUCGCGACGAGCUCUUGCUGCUAUGCUGCUCACUGCCCAUGCACUGGCUUGACGUCAAGAUGAAAGUGUCAGGCCAAGUGUAUGCGACAGACGCGAGUCCAGAAGGCGGAGGAGCCUGCUGCACUACUGGCCUGAGCCCCUGGGGAAGUGCAAGACUUCACAGCCUCAGUCAUGAGCGUGAUGGACUGGAGGGAGCCGCUACUGAGAAUGCCCUAGUGAUCGAAUGCUUUGCGGGCAUGGGAGGCCUGAAGCAAGCACUGGAUUUGAUUGGGUUUGAGCCCGCUGGGGUGGUGGCAAUUGAUACCUCGGCUGAGUGCUGUAAGGUAUACAAGCAGCACUGCCGCCACGUCAUCUGGGUUCAGAAGAUUGAGUCCGUGACGGAGGAGCAGGUCUUGGAAUGGAGAAGGCGAUUUCCGCGCGCCACAAAGGUGGUCAUUGGAGGAGGAUGGCCAUGCAUCAACCACUCGGUGCUGAACCCUAGACGACAGGGAGCAGAAGGAGCUUCGAGCAAGCUGCUGGACGACAUGUUGGCAAUCAGAGGAUGGUUGGGAUCGUGCUCAGAGAAGUUGCACCUUCCCCCAUGGAAAGUAGUGGAGAUUUUCGAAAAUGUGGUCAUGGAUGAUGCAGAUUACGAAGCCCAAAGCAAGAAGAUUGGGUACACGCCCUACUUUGUUGAGGCUGCUGAGAUUGGGCGUUGCCGAAGACCCAGGCUCUACUGGAUUUCAGGGGUGGACCUUGUGGCUGGAGAUGAUCUGUCUGUCGCCGCGCGGCGAACUCUGAGAGGUCACAACUACCAGGUGAAGCAAAUCAAGGUGGACACGGAACGUCCCCCGCUCACAUGGUUCCUGAAUGAAGGGACCACCAAGAUGGCCGAACCUGAAGAGCCGUUUGCAACGUUCACCCGGCCAAUCGCUCGACAGAGCCCUCCAGAAGAUCCUGCCGGGUUUGACCAGGCCACAGAGAAGGCCUUGAAGCGGUGGCGCGGAGACAGUUACAGGCUCCAGCCCUACCAAUAUGAGCCUCGUAACCUGGUAACCGACAAGAAUGGGCCCAGAAGGCCUGCAGUCGAAGAGCAGCUCCGGAUGAUGGGUUUCCAAUCCACACACCUCAAUACCAAAACCAAGCUCAGUGCAGACCUGAGAGGUCAAAUGGUUGGGAAUUCCUUUUCAGCGAUGGUGGUGGCUCGGCUCUUGGUGGGCCUGGUGUUGAAGCCGGAGCAAUGUGUUGGAAAGGAUGUCAGCCUGAUGCUCUGGGAAGUCUGGAAAGCCAAGGAAGACAAAGCUGGUCAAGAAGGAAAACCUUGGAAAGUGAGGUUUGCAAGUGUGGCUGCGGGGGUUCCUGGGGUGGUGAGCCUGCUCGAGCGGGUCUUGCCAUCACCAGUCGCGCCCCUGCGGUCAUUCAUUGACCCUCAACAGUGGCUGACAGACGAAGAGAUGCUGAGCUACUUGUUAGCUCGCAAUGGGACACACCGUGGUGCUGAGAUCCGGAUUGACUUGGGGAUGCCUUACUCCGUUGGUGAACUGUGCCGGCAGAGCAUUGAUCCCAGUCACUGGAUUUGGAAAGUCUUGAUGUCCUACUCAUGGAGAGAGCCAGGACAACACAUCAACAUCUUGGAGUUGGUGGCGGUCCUUGAUCUUCUCCGCCGGCAAGGACGCGAUCCAAAGCAUCAUGACCAACGCUUGAUCACACUUGUGGACAACCAAGUUGCAAUGAGCUGCCUCUCGAAGGGACGCAGCUCCGCUCGAGCCCUCCAAGGUCCCCUACGCCGCAUCAGUGCCGUAUGCCUAGCCGCACACUUUCGACUCUGCCUCGGAUGGAUCAAGAGCAAGUGGAACCCAGCUGAUGGGCCCAGUAGAUGGGCCAAGCGUCGUCGCAAUGCCUAG